AUGCAGCGCCCUGUACACCUCAUCCGCUUCACGGAGCGUUCAAUUUCGUUGAGGGAGACAGGGUGCUCAACCCAGAAAUCCAAAAGAUGUCGUUCGAUCUAA